AUUUGAGAGAUCAAUUGAAAACAAUGGCACAGUACUCGCCGCCAGAGUGGGGGUUGUCGGGGCGCAAUGCGUUCGGUAUCUACCUGGAGGUGAUCAAGGGUGGCGUGGUGGUAGAGACCUUGCAGUUGCCUCGCAGUGAUGGACGCAGCUACGUCUUGGCUGGGCGCAUGGAGACCGUAUGCGACUUGGCACUAGCUCAUCCGUCCAUCUCCCGAACGCAUGCAGCACUGCAGUUUGACGAGCAGGGCGCUCUCUUUCUCUGUGAUAUACACAGUACACACGGGUGCUUCGUCAACAAGAAGCGCAUACUGGCUGAUGAGUUUGUGAGGCUGCAUAUUGGAGAUGUACUGGGUUUCGGAGAGUCCACACGGUUGUACGCGGUCUGUGGUCCGCCAGAGUUCUUACCUGCCGAGUACGAGUCGUUAAACCUGGCAAAAUUUAGAGAAAAAUUGGAGAAAAAUCGGGAAGAGAAGAAGCAGGAGGAUGGAGGAGCGUCGUGGGGAUUUAGAGAAGAUGCAGAAGAAGAGGAGGAGAGUGAGGAAGAAGAUGAUGCAGUCAAGAACAAAGAGGAGCUGCCGGAUUACCUACGAAACUUCAAGGAGGAGGAUCAGCCGUACAAGUCGAGCGUGAGUCACUCGCAGGUGAAUGAGAAGGACCAGAAAUUGUAUCAGCAGCUACAGACUCGGAUCCGUAAGAUGGAGAAUCUCAAACUGGAGAAGUCGAGGAUACUGGCCAAGCAGAACCAGUUGGAUGGUUUGUCUGAGGGACAGCAACGUACGCUGGAGCGCAAUGAGCAGCGAAUUGAGGCCUUGCUGAAAGAAAUUGACGGUCUGGAAGCCAGGAUUCACGCCAAGAACGACCAACGAACGAAGACUGGUAGUGCGUCGAGUUUAGCUAUACGGAAGAAACGGAAUAUUAACGAGGAGCUGUACGGAUACAACAGCGACGAAGACGACUUCUACGAUCGAACGAAGGCGAAUCAGCAGAAGAUUGCUGCGCGGAAGCAGAAGGUUACAGGCUCGUCUACCACUCCUGGGAAGACUGCAGCGAUGACAACCGAAAGAGCGCCAAAAAGUGAGGUACUUACUGCAGAAUCGAUCCAAGCUAAUGUCAAGAAGCUGGAGGUUGAACUUGAAAAGCUUCAAGACGAUCUGAGUGCUGCGACAGCGACAGCUAAAGCUGAUGCGAACGACGCCCCACCAGAUACCAAAGAAGCAGACUCGUUGGAUUCGUUUAUGGCAGAAACGACGACUCAACUGCAUGUGAGUGAGGUAGACACGCUGACCAAACGGAGAGCAGAGGUGGAGACGGAGCUGAAGCGCCAACGACAACUUCUCGCAGUAGCUACACCUGCGAUUGCCGCUCUUCCAAUCCAGAAGCCAGCGACCAAGACAGUGAACGAACCUGUUGAGAGCAAUUCAUCGGCUCCUUCGUCUGUAGAAAACACACCAAGUCAAGAUCAAGUUUCUGGUGCUGUUUUUACGAAGAUAACUGAGCCUACCGCGCGAGAAGCGACCACGAAACCUGACACCCUACCAAUGAGUACGCCAACUUCGGAGAAAAUACUCGUUCCUACCAACAGUGCGAUGCCGGCGUUUUCCGAUGCACCCCGAAAUCACUCGGAGAAGGAUUCACCGGCACCGAAGCGACGGCGCGUUUCAGGGCCAGCCAUGGGGCCACCGCAGCAAAUAAAGGCUGCGAAUGGAAAGCAGCACGGCGACGACGCAUGUGUUUUAGAAGGAGGAGACCAGGCGUGGGUGCCACCAGCAAACCAAAGUGGUGACGGUCGUACGAAGCUAAAUGAUAAGUACGGCUACUAACUUCCAACACAUGAACCAGUGCAACUGAGGCUACUUCAUUCUACAUGUAGUUUCAUGAAAAUACUGUACUCGGGGGCACAGCGCAAUGUUUUGAUCAAUAAGUGGAAUAAUAAAACGAAAAUCCAACAUAUAGCUCCAAUA